GUCGAGUCCCUUGGCGGACGGGCGGCGCUGCCUUUUUUCGCUGGUGCAAGGCGAAGCCGGAAGGCGAUCUGUUGAGUACGGUGUUGGAGUCUUGGGACAAGCGAGUCCUCCUACACUAAUUGGGGGCAAUGUCACAAGUUACAGCUACCUACUCUUUUGACGCCCCCACCGACUUUAUCAAUUUUUCAUCUUUGAAUGCUGAAGAAGAUACUGAAAAUGUGGACUCGUGGUUUGAUGAGAAGGCCAACUUGGAAAACAAGUUUCUUGGGAAGAAUGGAAUAGGAGAACCUUUUCAGGGUAAAACUUCUUUGAGAAGAGCCAAGCUUCAGCAAGGCGGGGGCACACCUUUGAAGGCAGUUGACAACACUUACUAUAAUGAGACAGACAAGGAAAAUCUUCAGAAACAAUCCAUUCCAUCAAACGAUUGUUCUUCCCUGAAGGCUAAGCGGGCUAUAGCAGGAAAUACUCCUGUCCAGCCUCAGAGAAGAUCUGUUAGACUCUCUGCUCAGAAGAAUUUGGAGCAGAAAGAAAAAAGCCAUGUUGCCCUUGUUGGAAUGAAAGCAAAGAGAUGCACUACUUCUGCUGGUGACUGCCCGCCUAACAAAAGAAUGAAGGCUUCUCAUAAAAAGAAACCGGAGGAAGAGGAAGAGGGCAGUGUUCCAGCUACUUCAAGAAAGAAUGAAAGAGAAAGCCCGGAGAAAGUCAAGGGCAGACAUGCUGUGUCUGGUGUUCUACCUGCGAGGCAGAAAGUUCUAAAAAGUACUGAGGAGCAGGAGUUGGAGAAAAGAAUGAAAAUGCAGCAGGAGGUCGUGGAGAUGCGGAAAAAGAAUGAAGAGUUCAAGAAGCUUGCUCUCGCAGGGCCAGGGCAACCUGUGAAGAAAUCUGCGAGCCAGGUCACCAAAACAGUUGACUUUCACUUCCUCACAGAUGAGCGAAUCAAACAACAGCCCAAGAAUCAGGAAGAGUAUAAGGAAGUGAAUUUCAUGUCUGAACUUCGAAAGCAUCCUUCAUCUCCUGCCCGAGUGACUAAAGGAUGUACUAUUAUUAAGCCUUUCAAUCUGUCCAAAGGAAAGAAAAGAACAUUUGACGAAGCAGCUUCUACAUAUGUGCCCAUUGCACAGCAGGUUGAAGCCUUCCACAGACGAACCCCUAGUAGAUAUCAUCUGAGGAACAAGAAAGAUGAGAACCUCUUACCCCCCAAAUCUGUGACCAAGAUCAAACGAGAUCCUCAGACUCCCCUACUGCAAACCAAAUACCGUGCAAGGCCUGUGACGUGCAAAAGUACAGCAGAGCAGGAAGCUGAGGAGCUUGAGAAACUGCAACAAUACAAAUUCAAAGCACAGGAACUUGAUGCCAGGAUUUUUGAAAGUGGCCCAAUCUUGCCCAAGAGACUGCCUGUUAAGCCUCCUACUCAACCUAUUGGUUUUGAUUUGGAAAUUGAGAAACGAAUUCAGGAGCGAGAGGCAAAGAAAAAAUCAGAGGAAGAGCACUUUGAAUUUCAUUCCAGACCUUGCCCUACUAAGAUCUUGGAAGAUGUUGUGGGUGUUCCUGAAAAGAAGGUGAUUCCAGCCACUGUCCCCAAGUCACCAGUUUUUGCACUAAAGAACAGGAUUCGAGUACCCACUAGAGAAGAGGAAGAGGAUAAACCAGUAGUGAUAAAAGCUCAACCUGUGCCACAUUAUGGGGUGCCUUAUAAGCCCCACAUCCCAGAGGCAAGAAACGUGGAGGUGUGCCCUUUCUCUUUUGACACCCGGGACAAAGAGCGCCAGCUGCAGAAGGAGAAGAAAAUAAAAGAAAUGCAGAAGGGGGAGGUGCCCAAGUUUAAGGCCCUUCCUCUGCCCCAUUUUGACACUGUUAAUCUGCCAGAGAAAAAGGUAAAGAAUGUGACUCAAGCUGAGCCUUUCUCCUUGGAGACGGACAAGAGAGGUGCCUACAAAGCUGAGAUUUGGAAGCACCAGCUGGAGGAAGAACUGAAGCAGCAAAAGGAAGCAGCUUGCUUCAAGGCUCGUCCAAACACUGUCAUCUUCCAAGAGCCCUUUGUUCCCAAGAAAGAGAAGAAAUCAGCUGCUGAGAACCUUUCUGGUUCACUAGUUCAGGAACCUUUUCAGCUGGCCACUGAGAAGAGAGCCAAGGAACGGCAGGAGCUGGAAAAGAAAAUGGCUGAAAUGGAGGCCUGGAAAAUGCAGCAGUUGGAGGAAGUGAGGCAACAAGAAGAGGAACAGCAGAAGGAGGAGCUAGCCAGGCUUCGGAGAGAACUGGUGCACAAGGCAAAUCCAAUACGCAAGUACUCAGCAGUGGAGGUGAAAUCAAGCGAGCUGCCUCUGACUGUGCCUGUGUCUCCCAAGUUCUCCACUCGAUUCCAGUAGAAGCUGCUCUCUACGUCACACAGGCAUGGAGAGAACCCUCUCUCAGACUUAUCCACCCAUGUGUGGCAAUGUACCUGACAACUGUGGAUGCCAGUGUUUGUGAAGAUCAUUCUACACACAAACUUUUGAAGCUAAUGAGACACAACUCAUUUAGGCUUUAAUCAGACUUCUUGUAGUUAUUUCCUUCAGACAUUAGUUGGCUUUUUGCUAUUAGUCUUAUCUCUGGCUGGAAUUUCAAACAUUUGUUCUGGCACAGUCUAAUUUUUUACCUAAUCUCCCCAACCCCUUUUAUAUGUGCAUUGUAAGCAUAAAAAUAAAGGCAGUCAAGUCCUAGGCUGUGGUUUAGUCACA